GAAGUGGUACUCCACUCAUCAGAUGCAGGAGGAAGAGGUGGAGGAUUUGCUGCUCUGAGCAUCCUUGCUAAGGAGCCAUGGCCAGCCAGACCCAGGGAAUCCAGCAGCUGCUGCAGGCCGAAAAGAGGGCCGCCGAGAAGGUGGCAGAGGCUCGGAAACGGAAGGCUCGGCGGCUGAAGCAGGCCAAGGAAGAAGCCCAGGCUGAGAUUGAGCAAUACCGCAUGGAGCGUGAGAGGGAGUUCCAGCAGAAGCAGCAGGCGGCUCUGGGCUCUCAGGGGAACCUGUCUGCAGAGGUGGAGGCACAGACCCGGAAGAAACUGCAGGCGAUGCAAGGAGGACAGGCCCGGGGCAAGGAUCGGGUCCUGCGCCAACUUCUCACCAUUGUUUGGGAUGUGCGGCCCCAAAUACACCCCAAUUACCGUGCAGCUAUUUAGGGGGACCCACUGACCCAGGCCACCAUCUCCACUGGGCUGUCAAGAAAACCUUCCUGACUCAUAUCUUGCAAAAAGCCUUGGCUAGUAUUAGUCUCCUUAUUGCUGUGGGUCUGUCUUGAUGUCCCCCCUACAAUAUAAAACCUGUGUGCAAAAUUUAAUACCACCUGACUGAAUGAUCUCUGCCCCAAGAAUCUUUCAAUCCAUUGUUUUUAAUAAUAUAUCAGUAUCCAUAGCAAAAUUGAUGGGGUUGUCUUCAUAAUCGUAAAUACUGCGGAUUGUCUCAAGAAAUGGCAGGGAUGCCUUCAGCCCUAUGCUGCAGACUUAAUUCAAUUCUGAAGGAUUGUUUACAUAUACUAAUGUAUGUAUACAUAAGACCCCUGGAAUCGUGGAAUCCAUAUUCGUGGUUUCAUUUAAUUGCACCCAGGAGAAAAUCAACUUUUUAGGAAUUUGAUAGGCCCUCCAGGUGAUUCUGCAGUAGGCUUCCCCAAAGUUAAUAUACGGUUCCAUUGGAGGGAUCUAACAAACUGCUAGAAGAGAUUCCUCUCUAGAAAUUUAUAGGUUCUCCUAUUGAAUUCUAUGGUAUGCUGGGACUGCAAUUUAAUGACCUGGUCAUAUCCACAGUUUUGGUAAACCAUUGUAGUCAUCUAGCACUUUGUAAUUUUACUCCCUCAUUAUUAGUUACUAUUCUAUGGAAUGAGUUAAUGCCAUUUCACAUUCCAUUGAUGUGGUAUGAUUCCACCUUAUCUGCCUGUCUGCACCUUAUGGAAUCUCCUGAUUUGCAGUUUGAAAAAGGUAUUUCAUAAUCACUCAACACUUUACAAAUGAAAACAAGGACACGCGGGGCAAGCAACAUCAUAGUGGGAAAAUGUUAUUAAUGAGAAAAAAAACAGGCUGCAGCAGUUUACUUUUGCCUGAGGACCCUUCUAUGCUUCCAUAUAAAAUCCAGAUUAUCUGGAUUUUUGAAAUGGAUUAUAUGGCAGUGUAGACUCAUAUAAUCUAGUUCAAAGCAAGUAAUGUGGAUUAUCUGCUUUGAUAGCCUGGAUUAUACGGCAGUGUGGAAGGGACCUGUGCUUAUUGGGAAGGGAAGUAUUCUGCCACUUCUCACUCUGUACUGAGCUAAUUUAGUACAUACUACUUUUGCACUUUGAACUUAAUUCGAAGCCAUUGAAGUAAGCUGAAAAUGGGAGGAAAUGAGAGAAACUGGGACAUUUUAGAAGUGGGACAAAGGAUUAAUUGCGACUUUACUUGCUGAUGUGGGACAGCUGGUAGGUAUGUUUUUAGAACUCUUAUCCAAAGGGCUGUAGUUCCUCACUAAAGAACAAAUCAUAGGAUUCCAUGGGAUGCAGUUAAGAUGGGAUCAUACUUUGAAAAGGCCCAUAACCAUAUGAUAUGGAUCUGUCCUGGUCCACAUAAUAAUUCUAGAUGCCUUUCUCCAUAAUACUCUCCCUUACUAUGGAAUAAAGGGGUAUUUCUCAUGAAUCGGAGGCUUUACAAACACCCCUUCUAGCUUGCUGGUAUGUAUGUGUGCUGAAAAUGUGGUUCCUUGUCUUUGUUCUCCAGUACAUGCUGCUUAAUUCUUUCUAAUCAUCCAUCCCAUGAAGGGUAUAUGUUUACAACUGGCCACAUGGUUAGCUUUGGUCAUGAUGAAUAAAAAGUCACAUGAUUAAAAUUGAGAA